AUGCCUUUGAAGGUAUUUUCUCAAGAUGCAGAUGUGAGUUUGGGAUGUAACAUCCUCAGAGAAGACGCAGAGCAGGAGGAAAAAGAGGAGGAAAUGGCAGCUUCUCAGGGGCUGCCGACAUUCCAGGAUGUGACCAUAGAUUUCACGCAAGAGGAGUGGGAAUGCCUGGACCUCGGUCAGCGGGAACUGUACAGGGACGUGAUGUUAGAGAACUACGGGAAUCUGGCCUGCUUGGGUCUUGUGGUCUCUAAGCCGGACCUGGUCGCCUUUCUGGAGCAAAUGAAGGAUCCCUGGGAUGUAAGGAGAAUGGAGACAGCCGUAUAUCCAGCUGUGUCUUCUCACGACACCCAGGCAGAUAAUUCAGAGUAA